CUAAAGAUAGAGUGAUCAUUUCUCGCCUUUCCAUCUAUCUCGUUUAGAGGCGGUGGCAGCCAUGGCACAACGUAGCGUGGUGUUAGCAUUGGCGCUAUGGUGCCUGGUGGCCGGCGGCGAGGCGGUGUGGCUGGAGCUAUCGACGACGGCGGCCAAGUGUUUCUCGGAAGAGAUCCAAUCGAACAUCAUUGUCAUCGGUGACUACUCCAUCCUCUUCGAUGCAUACCCAACGCGCCCUGUGCUCUCCGUCAAGGUGACAUCGCCUUAUGGAAACGUCCUACACCACAAGGAUAAGGUUAUGCAGGGCCAGUUUUCAUUCAACACAGCAGAGGCUGGAAAUUACCUGGCCUGCUUCUGGGUGGAUAAUGUGGCUAGGGAGAUGGUAGUAAACCUCAAUCUUGAGUGGAGAAUUGGGAUUGCAACAAAAGAUUGGGACGCCCUUGCCAAGACAGAAAAACUUGAGGGAGUUGCACUUGAGCUAGCCAAGCUAGAAACAGCUGUUGAAGAAAUCCGCGAAAACUUGAUGUAUCUCAUAUCAAAAGAAGCAGACAUGAGAGAUGUAAGUGACUGGACAAAUUCUAAGAUCACAUGGUUGAGCCUAAUGUCCCUUUCUGUCUGCAUUAUGGCCUCAAUUGCUCAACUAUGGCACCUCAAACGGUAUUUCCGAAAGAAAAAACUCAUCUAGAUAAGUACUGCUUUGAGGUGGGAGAUGAAAAAUCUGCUGGUCUGUGCGAAGUCGCGAAGAUCUAUAUCUUCAGAAAUAAGAACCGACAGCACUUCGGCCAAAUCCUUAACUACAACUUCCUGAAGAGAGUAUCAAAAAGGGGAUGAGCCGUUUGUUAAAUUGCGCUCAGGUUACUACCAUUUGUAUGGUUCUUUUACCAAAGAGAUUAGGCUCAAAUAUAUGUUUGCCUUGAUUAGCCAACUAGACCACUAUUUUUGGUGUGAACUUCAGAUUAAAAAUGAUCUCUGGCUCCUACACAAAACUUAUGCAACAGGAACUUCUAAAAUGCCAUAAUUUUAUAGAAAAUUUUACAUUCAUUGAGAGACUAUCUCGAGAUGCUAAAUUUCAGUGUAAAAAGGUAUUUAGUAUUUAAAGGUACCAAGUUUUUAGCCUUUUGCCUCAAGUUAUCAGAAUGAUAAAAAUACUCUAAUUUUGUCGGAUUGCAUGUAAUGUAGAACCAUUUAAGGGCAUCUGUAAUAUAGUGUUUUAGCAGGUAACGAGCAAUAAAUGCUAUCUUCAUGUCUGGUAGUUAACAUUGUGACACUAGCGAGUAGUUGUAAUCCGGUCAC